ACAGAACGCGGCUGACGUACGUGUCUGCGGUGGCGGUCGGCGUCGGCACAGUAGUCGUCUUCCUCUGGUGGUGGUGGACCAAGAGGCAGAAGGAACAGCCGCCGUCGCAAUGGCGAAAGGUGGGCGAGCUGAGCGAUCUGGUCGUCUAUCCGGUGAAAUCUCUGGGUCCUGUCAGAAUGAACUCGAUGGAGUGCACGAAACUGGGACUGAAGUCUGGAUGGCUGCGGGACAGGACGCUGAUGGUGAUCGACUUGAACGGACACUUCGUUACGGCGAGACAGUUGCCGAAAAUGGUUCAGGUGUCACCUAGUAUCUCUGGUACAGUGCUCACGCUAUCCGCUCCUGGAAUGAUGUCAGUAGCCAUCGAUCUCUCGAGAAUCAAAGGAAAAGGAUUCCGUGUGGCGGUUUGGGGCCAAGCUGUAGCCGCCUGUGACUGUGGCGAAGAGCCAGCUAGAUGGCUGUCACGUUUCCUUCUUCAAGAAGACACUGGAUUUAGAUUGGUUUACUACCCCUUGGAUUAUCCGUCGCGAGAGAUCAGGUCGAAGAACAGACUAUUCUUCACGACUGCUGAUGAUACUGGCGCGUAUCCAGACGCUACCAGUUAUUGUCUGAUAAACGAAGGCUCGGUAGUCGAUCUGAACACUCGAUUGGAAGAUGCAGUUGCUCCGGAACAGUUUCGACCGAAUUUCGUGAUAAAAGGCGCUGUCGCGUACGAUGAAGAUAAAUGGGGAUGGGUGAAGAUCGGAGAUGUCCUCUUCAAGACCGUGAUGCCGUGCACGAGAUGUAUCUUCACCACGAUUGAUCCUGAAACUGGGACGAAGAACCCCAAGGCUGAGCCUUUGAAAACGCUGAAAAGUUACAGACAAAUAACGGAUCCAGAUAUCCGCCCCUUAACCGGCGAGAGUCCAGUCUUAGGAAUUCAUCUUGGUCUAAGGAGUCCGAAUGGUACCGUGCGAUUAGGUGACCCAGUCUACGUCGGUGUACCUGACGUGCAACCACUCCUCUCGCCUCCCUAGCUACACCGAUGGGCUUCUUGCGAGGACGAAAUCGGCGUCACCGAGGAGCCCAUAUUUUUCCCAAAGCCAGAUUUAAAGAAGCUGAAAGAGGGCCUAAAGGAAACAGUUGCAUGUGAAGGACAAUAUUUUAUGGAACAAUUCAACGCUCCCUCUGUUAAGAGGUGAUUUAAAUGUACGCGAUAGUCGCGUGAUAUCGAUAGUUCAAACCUAUUUGCCAAGUGUAUAUCGCUUUCGAAGAAGAAAAUGCAUUUAUCGCAAAAGAGUAAACUUAGCGAAGCUAUUUUUGCUAAAUGUUGAUCGUGGGAUCAACGUUACUACCGGAGACAAUAUGAUGGCGUUCGAGUAACGCUGAUUUUGCUAUUCCUACAGUACUUGUAUCGAGUAUAUAUAUAUAUUAUAUUAUCGUAAGAAAUAAACGAAUC